GCUGCAUCAGCUAGACGUCAUACGUUGAGAAACGUAGGCGGUCGAUAAAAACGCGAAAGCAGCGCAUUUAUUCUCUGUGCGCGUUACAUAAUUAGAAAAUUUUUGUGUUUCAUCAUUGAUAUCAAAUUGUAGCGUGUACCGAGGGAUUACAGUAAGACAAAUAGAGACGGAAGAAGAGAGAGAUAGAUUUCGUCGUGUUGCUGUAGCUGCAGCGGCAAACGCAACUGAGCUUUAUCGCUCUUAGAGCGAGACAUCAAACGCAGCAGAUUUUCGUCGCAACAUUUAUAAAUAUUGCACGGGAAAAAUGGUGUACAUUAACGUCGCCGUUUGCCUGUCAGUUCUUCUGCUUGUGAUCGGAUUAUCCGUGGGGCUAAGCAUAAACACCUUUAAAGGGCGAGAUGCUCUCGACUCGGCGCCUCUUAUCGAUGGCCACAACGAUUUACCGUACAAUUUUUAUAAGAUUUUGAACAAUCGCUUAUCGGACUUUCGUUUCGAGAGCAAUCUAAGUAACGACGACGUCUGGGGAAAAACCGCUUGUUCCUCGUGCUUUACCGAUCUGCCUCGUUUGAUUGAGGGAAAAGUGGGUGGACAGUUCUGGGUGGCGUACGUAUCGUGCGCAUCGCAAUACAAGGAUUCGCUACAGCUGACGUUACGACAGAUCGAUGCGAUUCGGCGAUUCAUUCAGCGAUAUCCGAACAACCUGCAAUUGGUCACCGCCGCGGGGGACAUCGAGACCACGUGGAGGAGCGGCAAAAUAGCGUCCAUGAUAGGCGUCGAGGGUGGUCACUCUCUCGAUUCGAGCCUGGCGGUUUUGAGGCUCUACUACGACCUCGGGGUUCGUUAUCUGACCAUGACCCACAACUGCAACACACCGUGGGCCGAUGCAUCGCCUGUGAAUGAUGGAUAUGUAUACAAUCUGACGGAAUUCGGGCAGACGGUGGUUCACGAGAUGAAUCGAAUUGGGAUGCUAAUUGAUCUGUCUCACGUCUCUCACAACGUCAUGCGAGAAGUGCUCGCGGUAACGAGGGCUCCCGUUAUAUUCUCGCAUUCGUCCGCUUUCAGCGUAUGCAACCACUACAGAAACGUCCCCGACGAUGUCCUACAUUUGGUCAAAAAGAACAACGGUAUCGUUAUGGUGAACUUCUACAGCGAGUUCGUGAACUGCAACUCUUCGAGGAACGCAACGUUGGAGGAUGUCAUAAGACAUAUAAAUUACAUUCGAAAUCUUAUCGGGACGGACUAUGUGGGUAUCGGUGGAGAUUACGACGGUGUAAACUCAAUGCCGGUGGGAUUGGAAGAUGUCUCAAAGUAUCCCGAUCUAUUCGACCGUUUGUAUGAGAGUCGAGAGGGAGAGCCAACGUGGACUAAGGAGGAUUUAGAAAAAUUGGCGGGAAGAAAUCUUAUUCGAGUUUUCCAAGCUGUGGAAACGGUGCGGGUUUUGUUGUCGUCUGAAUCGCCUCGAGAAGAUGUUAUAACAGGAAAAGAAUUAUAUAUCGCGCAAAAAAGAGAAGGGCUCACUCCAGGCUCAUGCCAAAGUGCAAUCGAAUGGGACAAUGUAAAUGCAACAGAUAUUGAACAAUCUGUUAACUUAAAUACUAUUAAAACUAGAUCGGUGUACAAAAGACUCGAGGUGGACGGUUGUUAAAACAGCAGAGAUUAUGUAAAAAAAAAACAUGUGAUAUGUGAUACUUUAUUAACAAAUAAUUAACAUUAAAAGGCAAAGUAUAAAAA